GCCGGCGGCGGGGCCGGCUCAGGUGCGGCGCGCGGAGGCGGCGGCGGGGCAGGGCAGUGCUCCUUCUGCCGCCGCCAUGAGCAGCGCGGAGCCGCCGCUCGGGGCCGGGCCGCGGGCGCAGCCCGCCUGGAAGCGGGAGAUCCUGGAAAGGAAGCGGGCCAAACUGGCCGGGGCGGCCGGCGGCGAGCCCGAGCCGCCGGCGGGGGAGCGGCUGGUGGUGGCGGAGAGCCUCGGCCCGCUCCGAGAGAACCCCUUCAUGCGGCUGGAGAGCGAGCGGCGGCGGCUGCGGCAGGGGCUGCCCGGGCACGGCCCGGGCGCCGGCCCCGGGGCGGCGCGGCCGCUGCAGCAGCUGCUGGAGCUGUACAGCGCCGUGCCCGGCAUCCGCACCAUCCGCGCCGACAACAUCCUCAUCAUCGAGUCCCAGCCCGACGCCGCCGCCUGCUUCGCCGAGGGGGACGCGCUGCCCGGCCGCCGCCGGGACCCGGCCGCCGCCGCCGCCGCCUCGUCCCCGCCGCGGCGUCCCGACCCGCUGCGGGAGCUGCUGGCCCGCCGAGGCGCCUCCCUCGCUGAGAUCCGCGCUGACCAGGUCGUCAUCUACGAGGCGGCCGAGCUGCCGGAGCCGCCCGAGGCGGCCGAGCCGGGCACCGUCAGCCGCCUCCUGGAGAAGUUCGGGCAGCGGCCGCGGGGCCGCCGACGCCGCGGCGGGGAGGCGCUGACCGGGCCCGGGCCCGGCGCCGUGCCAGGCGGGGCGACUGCGCCGCCUCCUCCUCCUUCUCCGGCCGUGCCGGGCUCCCCCCGGGCCGGGCCGCCUCCUUCUCCGGCCGUGCCGGGCUCCCCCCGGGCCGGGCCGCCUCCUUCUCCGGCCGUGCCGGGCUCCCCCCGGGCCGGGCCGCCCCCUUCUCCGGCCGUGCCGGGCUCCCCCCGGGCCGGGCCGCCCCCUUCUCCGGCCGUGCCGGGCUCCCCCCGGGCCGGGCCGCCCCCUUCUCCGGCCGUGCCGGGCUCUCCCCGGGCCUCGGCCCCGAAGGUGGGACCGGGAUCUCCGCUGCCGGCUCCCCCCCGGGCCGCCACCCCCCCAGCGGUGCCGGCCGCUCCCCAGCCUGCUGUCCUGCAGCCCGCUGCCCCCCCUCAGCCGGUCCCGGCUCCCCCUCGGGCUCGCACCCCCCAGCCCACGGCCCCUGUGGCAGCCCCGGCUCCCCCCCGGGCUGGCCCCCCCCAACCCGCAGCCUCCCAGGCAGCCCCAGCCCCCCCCAAGGCUGGACCCCCCCAACCCGCAGCGCCCCAGGCAGCCCCAGCUCCACCCCGGGCCGCAGCCCCGCAGGCGGUCCCUGCCACCCCAAAGGCCGCAGCCCCCCAGACCAACUGCUUUCUCCAUAAGAUUGGCUCCAACUCUUUCACUGUCACCCCCCGGGGGCUGCCCCCCGGCAGCCGCAUCCCCGAGCCCGGCGCUGUCCCUGCCGGCCGUCCCACGCUGCCCAAGGGGCCGCCAGUGCCAUCCGCCAGCGCUUCCCAAGCCAGAGCCAAUGCCAGGAGGCCAAAGCCAGGGGAGGCCGAAGCGGCCGUGUCACCCCCACCCAGUGCCAGUCUGGCCCCCAGUGCCACGGGCUCCACCCAGCCGCUCUCCGCCUCUGCCCCCCGGGCCAGGGGCUCCUUUGAAAUCCACCCAGCCCCCAAGCCUGACCUGGCCGCCAUCCCAGCCCAUGACCUGCAGGCCCAGGCCUUGGCCAAGCUGCGCCUGAAUUCUCGCAAUUCCUUCCUUUUUGUGCCCCGCCGGGAGGGCGGCCCGGGUCUGUCCCUGGCCCAGAGCGCCAGGCCGGGGCCACCGCCACCAUCCUUGGAGGAGAAGGCACCGAAGGAGCCCCCAAGGGCUUCCGCCCCGGAGCAGGAAGAGCCUGUUGCUUCCCCACCGGCGCCUCUGGAUCCAUUGGUACCUGUGACUUACAUUGAUGACAUUGUGGAGCCGGACAGCGGGGAGCUUUCUCCCAGGGCUGGUGUGGCUGCAAGGACAGGGAGCUUGGUGGAUCACCCUGGAGGAGCUGGCCCAGACUCGGAGAUGGAGUUUUCGUCUGUGCCCCUCUACAGACCCCACUCUGCCCCCCACCAGAGGGGAGGCAGCACCUUCACUGUUGUGCCCAAAAGGAAGCCCGUUACCUCAGGGCUGCAGACUCUCGCUGAUGCCAGUGGAAGGCCGCAGCGGGAGGAAGAGGAGGAGGAGGAGGAGAGCAAAGGAAAAGGCAAAGCUAUGGAGAACGCUGAUGGGCCCCAAGCAGGGAUGUCCCAUAAAAAGCGCUACCCCAUGGUGAAUGAGAUCGAAGUGAUUGGGGGGUACCUGUGCCUGGAGAGGUCCUGCAUGAGCAAGUCAGGCUCCCGCCGCAAGAAGAUGAAGAUCUCUUUCAAUGAGACAAGUUUGCAGACUAUGUUUGAGUACCCAUCAGAGAGCUCACUGGCAGAAGAGGAGGAGGAGGAAGAGGAAGGACAUGUUUCUGAAACAGAGGAUGACAAGUCUUGCACCUUUUACAUUCCACGCCCAAAUAGCACUUCGCAUCCUGAUACACCUAACUCAGCAGAUUUAUCCAGCUACACCCCAAAGCACUCCGUGAAAUUCAGCGAGUGGCAGGAGCAGAAAUAUGAGGAGAUGCCUGCUGCAGAGGGACCACUCCCAAAGGAAGCCGAUUCCCAUGGGAACCAAGUCAUGCUCACUCCAGCAGAGAAGAGCGGACUCUCCGAUUUCAGCAGUGAGCCUGCUCUGUAUUUCUGAUCGUUUCAUCUUCUAGCCUGCAGCAGCAGCUGCUGGGCAAAACAUGUCAGUGCACCUUCCAAAUGUCCAUGCAAGCACCACGGAAAUAAACUUCUGGGUCCCUCCCUCACCACAGUUUUUGUUGGAUCCUGAUGCCAAGGGUGGACUAGAUGCUAUUGGGCAUCUUUGGAGAAUAUUUGCACUGGAUUCUGGGACCCAACUACUACGUUUAAGGUGUAUGAUUUCGUCUACCUGUGGCCUUGCACAUUCCUUGUUCAAGAUCAGCUGCCGGUUAGGCAAGCACCUUAAGAACAGAUCUGUAAUCCUGGGAUGGAUGUAGAUUCUCUCAGUGCUUAUCCAAGUCUGCCCAUCCAGGCACUGUGUGGGGUCUGGAUGGCUUUUGUAAUACAUCUCCCAUCAGAGCCCCUGUAAAGAAUGGUUCUGGACUUGGAGCACUGGGAGUAUCUGGGCAGUUAGCUGGAUUCACAGAAGUGGUUGUGAUUCGACAGCUAGAUUGGGUGUUUGGAAAACCACUGAAGGUUCAUCGUUUGUUCUUGGCACGUUUCUGGGUCUAGUUUCAUUGAACCAUUGUGGAAUUGAUAUGCCAGUUACGUUCUUGUGAAGAAAACUCGUUGUGUGAGGGAUGAGAAGGGGAUAAUAUCCCCUAGCUUUAGGUGUCAUUUUUGCACUGAUCUAUAAAGAAGUGUCCAGACUGGCAUGAGCCUCUUGAAGAUUCCCAAACAUGGGCCACAGCUUUGAUCUGUCCAUACCUGACUCUGGUGCCCAGCCACUAAUAACAGCUGUUUGUGCUUCAGUUUGCCAGUUCCUUUUGUUGCUUUGUUCCAGCAUCUAAUGGGGCCAGGCCCAAGAUUUGUCUGCCUUGGUUGGUGGGGAGGCUUCCUUCUAGCCAUGCUUGCUCUAAUGCAAAGCACAGGAGGGCCAUUUCACUCCUUUAUUCUGCAGAACUUGAACAAGGAAUAUGUGUUGGUUUUUUUGUAGGAUUUUUAUAGUUCUAUUGUAAUUGUUUAAUGCAGCCAAUAUGCAAAAGAAUCUUAGACUCUUCCAUUUGUUUUCUACUACUGUAAACUCAGGGUCAAAAUUGCACUCUGGAAAAGAUGGAACACUGCUGCUAAUGUAAUUUGUACUUCUGGGAUUAAAAGAGAUGCAGUUGGAAUAGAUAUGGCCUCUUUGGGCUUCAUGAAAUGAGUGGUACCAAGUGUGUAGCUCUGUCCAAAGGAUCAGGCUGGUAUUAAAUCUGAUACUUGCAUUGGCUUGUCUACUGUAUAUAGAUGAUUAAUGUCUAGUCAAGCUGACACUGGUCAAUGAACUGAAAAUGCCCUCCAUUCCUUGCACUUGUUUUGGUGUAUAUUGUAGCAGCAGGAGGAAGGUUAUUCUGCUGAAAAACACAGCAGGACUAAAUGUUAGGACAUACCUACUUCUAGCUCUUCUCGUCUGCCCUGGGUGCCUAAAUAUUUCUGGAAAUACAAAAAAAAAAAGCCCAACCUGAAAAGCUCAGCAAUUCUUUUAAACUCUUUCCACCUCCUUGCACUUCUAAGGCUUGUCCUUUUCAAGCUAAGUCGCGAUGUGCUUGCUGUGUGACCUCCCAGGAGCAGUAUGUGGCUGGCAGCGCACCUGCAUCUGGCAUGACACAGUACUGUGGAAAGAGCAGUGAAUCCCCAUGUGCUGAGGCUUCUCCCAUUAAUGAAACACUUCAGGACAAGAUGCUGAGACUGGGGUAGAAUGAGGAAAAAUGCAGAACUGCUAGUGACUGUUAGAUUUAAGGGAUGAGCAAGUUACUAGAUAUGUGGAGUUAAAUACUGAGCAGUGCCCACAGCCAGAGGAGGUCAGGGACUGUGUCUGAAGAAAAGGUUAUGCACAGCUUUUCUAGCAGAAAAGGUCCCAGUGAGCAUCUUGCACUGUUGGAGAAGCUCAGUCCAGUUUAAGGCAGCUCUAUCUCUAGAUCUGCAACUUAAGUUUCUUUAAGAAAACCUGCAGGUGGUGAAGCUAGAGCUGCUUACAAUUUAAGUUAGGGACAAGGUGUCUGAACUAGUCCUGACUUCGUUCUACUGUGGAUCAACAAGAAAUGCUAAAGUCAGCAAUAUCCCGCAGCUUUUUCCAUUGACUUCAGCCAACUGAAAUGCUGCUCUGGUACUCUGCCUCCAUGAAUUAGCCCUGUGCCUACAGCUUCCCUGGUUAGGACAGGCUCAGAGGAGGUGCGAGAGUGCAGAGCGUGCUUCUCAACAGGAGCACGUGGUGCCCUAGCGUGCUGCUGCCUUCUCUACUCCUUCCAGUUUGCCUGCUCUACCUUGUAGCUGUAAUUUGCACCUCAACGAGUGCUGCCUUUGCACUUCCCAGCUUUGUACUCUGAUCGCUCUCUGUACCAGAGAGCUUACUUAGCUUGUUCUUGGCAAAGCAAGGCGAAUGCUGUUUUGAGGGCAAAAGCCAUAGCUGGUAAGUCACCUCUGGAUAUGCUUCAGUAUCACUGUGCUCAAAAUAAAGGGUACUCUUUUUCUGUAGAUGCCUACCCUGAUCUCUAGCAUUUGAGGAUUAACUUUUGUACAUCUCUAAUACCAAAGUGCAUCUGAAUGGAAAAUUUACUUCUGCAAAACGAAGACUUUUAUUAAACGUGGCAUCCUCGUACCAGAACAGCAGCUGCCCCAGACCAACAGGACUUUCCAGGCUGAAAAGCAAGUUUAGGAAUGCUUUUGUCCACGUGCUUGUUUUUCUUUUUCUUUUGAAGUGCUUUGCGGCUCACUGGCUUUGGCAGCAUUCCCAAUUUCUCCCUUCAGGACAUCUAGCAAUGUCUGAGAACUCUCCAGAAUCUGGGAAAGAGAGAAAUAAAAAUAGCUUGUUUUUACAUAAACUGUUUCUCUUACGUGUUCCCUUUGAAUUCAUCUGAUCUACCUUGCAGCAAGAGGGAUUCUCCAGCCCUUACAACAUCUAAUUCCUGGUGAUGUAUGAUCCUGUCUCACUACAGGAAUAUCUGCAGGAAUUUCUCUGGUUCAUGCCCAUAGUCUGAAUACAAAACACCUUAAGCAGUGUGUCUUGGAGCACGAGGCAGAGAACUUCCUGGAGCAGGCUGUGGGGUGAACUUCAGUUUGUUACUAUGGGAGAUGUUGAUACCUGGGCUUUUUAGAUCAGUAUUAAAUUGUGCUCAGCCAAUGCAGUUUCAGCUGUCUUCCACUGUUAAAACAUUUUUCUUUUUGCUUAAAGACUAACUCAACUCUACAAUGACCUUAAGUCACAUGAAAUCUUUCCUUUAAUUUUCUUCUAUUUUUAGCUUAUGUUGUAUAUAAUCUAACACUCCCACCUGCAAUGUACGAGGAAGCAAGGCUACAACAG